AUGAUUGAAUUCAGUCUCGCCCUGGUGGUCUACGCCGUAUCUUAUCUCAGGUUAUUCGUAGACCCCUCAUAUAUUGAACAAAAACUAAACGUUGAAUUCCAAAACCGUCAGAUGGAAGGCGUACCAGCCACCGCUGAGCUCAAAGCCAGCGAGGAAGCGGCUUUACUCUAUGUCAACGAACUUCGACACCAACAAGAGGAAAACCUUUCCAGCGGACGUCCAUGUUUCAAACCUUCCCGCUUUUAUCAGCCAUUCUAUGCUUGUGUCGAAAGUACGGGCUAUGAAGCUGAAUUGCAAGUCACCGCGGUUCAAGUUCCAGACUCCUCGGAUUCGGAUUUGGACGCGAAUAUUGAUGAAGACGAUGAAGACGAGAACCGUCGCCGCUAUGAGGAACAAGUGGCCCGUCAGAUGAAAGUUCAGCAUGAGAACGAUGCUGCUGAUCAGAACCCACCACCUCCUCCUCCACCAGCACCACCAAUUGCAAAGUCUCAAUUGCAAGCUCCACCAAAGGAUAAGGCUCAAGCACCACCGAGAAAGGUACAAGCCCAGGCCUUACCACCACUUAAAGUUCCAGUUCAAGCUCCUCCCAAAGUUCAAGUGCAGGCUCGUCCUCCUCCUCCUGCUCGUCCAGCAAGAAUUCAAGUUGCUGCCAACCCAGUUCCAGAUGUUCGACCAUUGGCUCUCCGAGUUCGCCCUCCUACUCCCGAACAGUAUGGAUAUGGUGAUGAAGAUGAUUAUAACAUGGGAGACCCAAAUAUGAUGUUGAUGGACGAUGAUGAUUGUGAUGAGUUCGACAGUAUGGGCAUGCCUGGUCGACAGAGCCUAGGUAAUCCCUACAGUAGCUACGGUUAUGGCAUUGGCGAAGAUACCCAAAUGCCCACAGGUGCUAUCGUGUUGACGCCACUCUCUGGUGAAGAGGCCUGCUGCGGUGUUUCCACCCUCACAAAUACCCUCCAACUUUACACACGCCCAUACUGGAUGAUUGCUCACUCCGACGGGAAACCGCGCACCAGAGAGUUCGAACUCGACACCGCGGACACUGCCGAGUAA